CUGUAAGUGGGUAGAGGCAAAUUUAAUCCGUUGGGUACAAUCAAUUUUCGCAAUUGUCAAUAGUGUGCAUGCGUUUACCUAAUGUAAAACUGUUGUUGUUAUGUUCCUUCCAUCAAUUGUUAUAGUUUUAUUUUUUCAUAAUUGAUAUGUCGUGCCUGAUAUUGUGGAUUGUGUGAUCGACGAAGAACUGUGACGACGGGAGCUGGAAGAAAAGAACCGGCUAUGAAAGGACUGAUGGUUUAUAGAGAGAUAAUUCUGAGUCGAGGAGUGCUCAAGACAGAAAAAAGAAGAGGAAGAUUGUUUUACGAAGCUGAGGGCAUUUUGCCCAAAGAAAAACUUCAAAAUGAUUUCAGCGCUUUUGCUCGUGUGCUUUUUCCACUUGGGGGCUUUGAUUACAGCACACAGGGAACACAAGGUACACAACAUCGUCUUAUACCCUGAGAAGCACUCGUGGUGCAAGACGACGCCGAUCAAGCAGGUGGUCGGACACCCGGGCUGCGAGCAGAUGGAAGUAGACAACAACGUCUGCGUCGGUGCGUGCUUUUCCUACAGCAUUCCUAGGACGGAGCCGACGGCGCCGGGUGAAGUAGCGCCGUACUGCGACUCUUGCCAGCCGUCACGAGUCACUUGGAAGCACGUGAUUUUGACUUGCACUGGAGGCGAACAAGAGACAAUGACCAAGAGGGUGGAAGUGAUCGAGGACUGUUCCUGCCUGACAUGCCGUCAGGAAGAGUCGAGCGAUUCGGGUCCGGAAUCAACAUCGGUAGACGUUCCGCAGCUGCUCAACAUGAUGUCCCAUCCCAAAGGAAAUGUCUCGCAUUCGGUCGCACACAUUAAACACGGGGACAACAAGAUCGGCCUUUUGCUCAAGAUGAUCGCAGGCAGGCAGGAUGAAGCGGAAGGUGACAACCAGGAAGGCGCAGAGAACCGCCUCGAAGCUAUCAUCAGUGAAAUGAAAGAGAAUGGCGUCAAUGAAGAAUUGCAAGGUUUGGCAGAGAAAGCAGAAGAGAAAGGCCAGGUUAAAGUAGACAUUGGUAAAUUCAAGGAACUUUUAUCUAAAAUUGAGACAAAACAUAACUCUGAAAAUCACCACAUCGAAACAGAACCCAGUGUUCACCGUCACCAACAUGGACUUCAUCACGUGAGCACUCAUCAUACAAAGAUCGAAGAGGAAGAGAUCCUACCGAAUCCGACACUCGACAUCUCAUCCCACCACCUUCGUCCGGCAAUCGAAGGCUCGGAAAUAACAUAUCUACCACAGACUUCCCCCACGCACACCCAUCACCACAGCCACAAAUUAGAAGAAUAAUCCUCAGUAUUCGACUUCAGCAUAAGAUCAUAUUUUGGAGAGACAUGAUUUAUCGAUUUAAUUGAAGAUUAUAAAAUAAAUAAAUGUAGUCACACAUUCAUCACAAGUCUUGUCAAUUAUAUUAAUUUAUCAAAAAUACAUAAGUUAUUCUUAAGGUUUAAAAAGAAAAUAAAAAUUGUAUUGACAUUUAUUUUUAUUGAGGUACAAUAGUUGGUUAACAUAGAUUUUACAUGUCUAAACCUAAUUUUUUUUAUUAAAAUAGUAAACAUAAUCAUUUAUGUUUAAAAAUUAAAACUCCCUUGUUAGCAAUGUUUGCCAAGACUACAUCUCCCUGUUUUGCCAUGUUACCUUUCAAUUUUGUCUACUAGAGGCUUUAUGUUAGGCUGUGUUAAAUUGUUUAAAAAUAUAUAUUUUGUAUUAAUUCUUAAGUUAGCAUUAUUUACGAUGUACAGUUUUGCUUUCUUUAUUCAGAUUAAUUCUAUAUAUAUAAAUAUGUUGUAUUAACAGUUUUAUGUUGUUUAGUAAAUAUUCGAGUUUUUAAUAAAGAUUCUAUUUAACGUUGAA